AUGCCUGCUGCUGCUGCUGCUGCUGUCGAAGGUCGACUCACGACUGCAACAUCAUCAUCACUCCGGCCCAGGUGUCGCCGACGACCACGACCAACAACAGCUCUAGCAGCAGAGGACAGUGAAACAGCACGAUCAGCAGAUAAUGGAUGGAAGGGAGGUUUGUUGGAGCUUGACGUGGUUGAAUAUCGCAGGGGGCCGGAUGACGAUUGCAGCUUGGAACUCGCGUCAUAUAUUGGAGAAGGGAAGCUGCAACCGCUGCUAACCCGGAAAGAGUCUGGCCCGAACCUGUUCUUCCACGACGAAGAGGCGCAGCCCGUGUCUUUGUCGGAUGGGUCGUGCCGCAUAGUGCGGGUGCUAGACGAGGUCUACUUCAGCCAACGCAUCGUGGAAGACAGGGUCAAGAACCCUCAUGGCGAAGAAGCUGAGGAUUGUUUCUUGCUGGAAGGGAUCGAUCCGGCUACCGUGAUUCGUGUGGAGCACAGCCAAGACUGACGAGUAACGCGGCGGGUACAUCGUCAUCCAACUUCUGUCGAUUUUAUUGCCGUGGACUAAAUUAGUAUGUGUUGCUGUUCGGAGCUUGGCGUAUGAUGUUUUUCAGGCGUUCGUUGGUCAAGACUCUUUCAUUGAUCAGUGAGUAUGGGUGGCGUGGCUUUUUUUCGCGGAUUGUACUGUAGCUUACGAGACCUCAUGGAGUGCAGCAGCAGCAGUGGCAGGCUGUUAGGUUUGUACUUCGAAGUAUAUGGUGGCGUGUUGAAAAGGAGGAAGCAACUAGCUGGUCCGAUGUUGUUGCUCAAGCCGGUGGUUAGGACAUCCAAGAUUUAGUGUGCAAGCUCGAAGCUUGAAGAUGAAAGUAUCGUGACGAAACUUUGAAACCUGCGUGGCGAAAACACGACCGACUUGCGAAGGGAUGGAUCGUGCAUGGCGCAUUACCCCCUCGGCAGGAGUGCGUGUUGCUGGCUGCUGUGUUCGGCAAGCAUUGCCGUUGGGUGUUGCUUGGCUUGAAACGUCAACGUGUGUUAGGCCCUGGACGUGAGGAAGUUUCAGGUUCUGUCAUUUCAUCUCCUCGAUGUAUUACACUUUGCUAGGAGGUGGGCAUGGCCUUGGAGGAAUCUUGCCGCUCUGCUGGCCCCAAUGCCUAAGGGAGUCAUGGAAUGUGCUCCUUGUAGCCAUGGCAGGAUAGAACAAGCGCGCAAACUGCGCUGAGAGCUUUCGGGUUCUGUGGCGAUGCAGAAAACACCCCAAUCCUGAGUGCAACGAAGACUUGA